AUGCUGAAUGCGGGAGUUGACAAGAGGAAGAGGAAGCAGCGAGGUAAUAGCUGUAAAAGAUUUGGGCUAUGCGUGGCAGGUCAAGUGGUCUCAGUUGGGGAUGGGAUUGCACGUGUUUAUGGAUUGAAUGAGAUUCAAGCUGGGGAAAUGGUUGAAUUUGUCAGCGGUGUGAAAAGAAUAGCCUUGAAUCUUGAGAAUGAGAAUGUCGGGAUUGUUGUCUUUGGUAGUGAUACUGCUAUUAAAGAAGGAUAUCUUGUCAAGCGCACUAGAUCUAUUGCGGAUGUUCCUGCGGGAAAGGCUAUGUUAGGGCGUGUGGUCGAUGGCUUGGGAGUACCUAUUGAUGGAAGAGCUCUAAGCGAUCACGAGCGACGACGUGUUGAAGUGAAUGCCCCUGGGAUUAUUGAACGUAAAUCAGUGCACGAGCCUAUGCAAACAAGUUUAGAAGCGGUAGAUAGUCUGGUUCCUAUAGGUCGUGGUCAACGAGAACUUAUAAUCGGGGACCGA